AUGCCCGCUCUGGGCCUUGCAGCUGUCCACGACCCAAAAGCUCACCAGGGAGCGGGGCGCUCUCCCACGCCCACAGGGACCCCGGCCCCGCUCCAGGAUGGCUGGAGAAUGGGGUUGCAGGUGGCCUACAACAUUACAAUUGAGGGGAAAACAUAUACUAUGAACCUAACGCAAAAAGUAUUUUUACCUCAUAAUUUUAAAGUUUAUAGUUAUGAUGGUACAGGAAUCAUGAAGCCUCUUGAUAAAGAUUUUCAGAAUUUCUGCUACUACCAAGGAUUUGUUGAAGGUUAUCCAAAUUCUAUGGUGAUGGUUAGCGCAUGUACUGGAUUAAGGGGCUUACUGCAGUUUGAAAAUGCUACUUAUGGAAUUGAACCCCUGGAAUCUUCAGUGGGCUUUGAACAUGUAAUUUACCAAGUGAAAUAUAAGAAUGAAACUGUUUCUUUAUAUACUGAGAAGGAUAUUGAAAUAAAAAAUCUGCCCUAUAAAAUACAAAGCGUAGAGCCACAAGAGAUGGCUCAGUAUUUAGAAAUGCAUAUUAUAGUUGAAAAACAUUUGUACGAUCAUAUGGGUUCAGAUACUACUGUUGUCACGCAAAAAAUUUUCCAGUUGAUUGGACUGACGAAUGCUAUUUUCACCUCCUUUAACCUUACCAUAAUUCUGUCUUCACUGGAGCUUUGGGUAGACGAAAACAAAAUGUCAACCGCUGGAGAUGCUAAUGAGUUAUUACACAGAUUUCUACGAUGGAAAAGAUCUUACCUUGUUUUGCGUCCGCACGAUGUGGCGUUUUUACUUGUUUACAGAGAAAGAACAGAUUUUGUUGGUGCCACCUUUCAAGGGAAGAUGUGUGAGAGGGACUACGGAGGAGGUGUGGCCAUGCACCCCAAAGCCAUAGGUCUGGAAUCACUUGCCAUUAUUUUAGCUCAGUUAGUGAGCUUGAAUAUGGGGAUAUCAUACGAUGACGUCAAGAAAUGCCAUUGCCCGGGAACUAUCUGUAUAAUGAACCCAGAAGCAAUUCAUUCCAGUGGUGUGAAGAUCUUCAGUAACUGCAGUAUGGAAGAUUUCGCACAUUUUAUUUCAAAGCAAAAGUCCGAGUGUCUUCAGAAUCAUCCACGCUUAGAGCCGUCUUACAAGCAGGCGGCGGUGUGUGGGAAUAAGGUUGUGGAGCAAGGAGAAGCCUGUGACUGUGGAACUGAACAGGAGUGUGCGGCAAACAAGCCUGUAUGCUGCGAACACAGCACAUGUGCUCUGACCGCUGGUUCAGAAUGUGCCUCGGGACCCUGCUGUAGUGAAUGUAAAUUUUCCAAAAAAGGACAUGUCUGCCGGUCUGCCGCCAAUGAAUGUGAUCUCACUGAAUACUGCAAUGGCUCAUCUCAAGUAUGUCAAGAAAAUGUCUUUAUCAUAGAUGGGCAUCCCUGUAGCGAAAAUAAGUGGAUCUGCAUCGGGGGAGUGUGUAGAAGUGGGGAUAAACAAUGUGAAGAUCUAUUUGGCCAAGGGUCAAUAUUUGCUUCUGAAGACUGUUACAACGAACUUAACUCUAAGACUGACAUUUCUGGGAACUGUGGUAUAACUGAUGAUGGAUACAAAGCAUGUGAAGCUAAGGAUCGGAAAUGUGGAAAAUUAAUAUGUAAAUAUGGAGGUAGUCAUAUCCUUCAGUUGAAAGAUGCCACUGCCAUUUAUGCCAACAUAACUGGAGACAUCUGUGUUUCUUUGGAAUAUAACAAGGGUCAUGCAGAAAUAAAGAACAUGUGGGUAAAAGAUGGAACUGUUUGUGGUGCAGAAAAGGUGUGCAAGGAGAAGGAAUGUGUAGACAAUUCAUACCUGAAUUAUGACUGCACACCAGAAACUUGCAACAAUCAAGGUGUAUGCAAUAACAAAAGAAACUGUCACUGUAAUGCUGAUUUUGUACCUCCUCAAUGCCAAGAAGAAAAGGAAGGCUCAGGAGGGGGGAGCAUUGACAGUGGCAAUCAUGAAAAUACUACUGCUGCCACUGAAAGGCGCUUUAUUGAGCGUACUUAUUACGAGUCCAGAACUUCAAGAUGGCCGUUUUUCUUAGUUAUUCCUUUCUUCGUGAUUCUCUGUGUACUGAUUGGUAUGCUGGUAAAAGUUCAUUUCCAAAGGAAAAAAUGGAAAUCUGAAGACUAUACAAGUGAUGAGCAGCUUGAAAGCGAGACUGAAUCCAAAGAGUAG